AUGAAGACAGCAACUAAUAAAUCCAGAUACUGUAUGCAGAGUGCACUUGGGCCUGCAGGGCUCCCUCCCCAUUUAUAUUCCUACCUCGUGCAUAGCAACAUUCAGGAGUUCUUUGAUCUUCAUGGGAGACUUAUUCGCAGAGCACGGCUAAAUCGUCAAAAGAGAGACUGGAUAAUUGACACCUUUACACUUCAAGAAGAGCUACCUGACCCUUACCCAAGGCUGGUUGGCACGGUGAAACUGGAGGAAGGAUUCAAACUUAUAUACAAGCUACAAGGGAAAGGAGUCGAUGAAGAUCCCAAGGGGCUUUUCCACAUAAAUGAAGAUUACGGAUCAAUCUACGUGCACCAGAAAAUAGACUAUGAAACCACUCCUUUUUUCCUAUGGAGAUUCAAUGCAAUCAACAAAACUUCUAUGAAAGUGGGUACCAGGCUUGGUAUUCAUCUGAAGAUUUUGGACAUCAAUGAUAAUGCCCCAGAGUUCAAAAACAAGACUUAUUACGUUUCAGUUAAUGAAAGCGCUGUGCAAGGUAACACAAUCUUCACAAUGCUAGCAUAUGACAUGGAUGAAGAGAACAGUCCAAACUCAGUCGUGAGUUAUUUCCUUGUGUCUCAAACGCCAACAGAUCCCAACGUCGAGUUUACCAUUGAUAAAGACAAAGGUUUCAUCUCAUUCAAAGGGUGUCUAAAUUAUGAGAGUAAUAAAAAUUACAAGCUGGUGAUAAAAGGCAGAGACAAUGGUGUGGACAUACAACUGAGCAGCACCUGUGAGGUCUAUGUUACUGUGCUAGACCGAAACACUAACGCACCACAAUGGGCCGAAACAACUCUUCAGACCAGUAUACCUGAGCGUGAUGAGAAUGUAACUAUUUUGCGAUUCGGUGUAACAGAUGGGGAUACCAAGUUUACAUCUGCAUGGAGGGCAGUGUACUCUAUUGUACAUGGCGAUGAUGACGAAAACUACAAAAUUGUAACAGAUCCCGUGACAAAUGAAGGAAUUCUAACUGUAGUGAAGUCCUUAGAUUAUGAGAAGACUGCCCAGAGCAAUCUCACAAUAAUGGCAGCAAAUGAAGAACCACUUUAUAGCUGUAAAGUCUCGCAGAAGCUGCUAACAGGAUUGUGGGUAUUAGAUUCAUCCAAAGGUCGGUCAGGAAAGUCGAUGGAAACAGGGAAAAUUACAGUUGACGUAAUAGAUGUGAAUGAUCCUCCCAUAUUCAAACCUGAAAAUAUCCUUGUCACUCUGGAAGAACAUUCUAUCCGACCGGGCACUGUGCUGACAACAGUCGAGGCCAAGGACCCGGAUAUAACUGCACCAAAUAAAAUUAAGUACAUUAUAGAGAAUGACACAGCAGAAUGGUUGUCUAUCAAUGAAGACACUGGCGUUAUCACAACCAAAGGGGAAUUGGACAGAGAGUCUGACUAUGUGAAGAAGAGCAAUUAUGUUGUGAAAAUUCUGGCUGUGGAUGAUGGGGUUCCUGCAAUGACUGGCACAGCGACAAUGAUAAUUAAACUAAAGGACAUUAAUGACAAUGUGCCAAGGCUGGAAAGCCCUUACCUGACAACGUGUGAGAAUGCAGAAGAGGCUCUUCUCUACUCAGCCAUCAUUGACAAAGACCUGGAACCUUACUCUGGUCCAUUUUACGUCCAGGUCCUGGAUAAAGACAUUGGAAAAAAACCAGUCAAACUUCUAGACUAUGAUGAUGAUAUAAUCAAGAUAAAGAAAGAAAAGGAUGCGUAUCAAGGCAAUCAUACCAUACACCUAGAAAUCUACGACCGGCAAGGGACACUCUCUCUUCAGAACCUCACAGUGUAUGUAUGCGACUGCUUGGGUGGUGAGGCCUGUGUCGAAAAAAUGAUGGGUCCACCAUCUCUAAGUGGAGGCGCUAUUGCACUACUACUGCUGACUCCUAUACUUUUUCUUUUACUUUGUUUUCUGCUGUGCAAGAUACAAACCAAGAAAGUCAUGGUACCAAUGGAAAAUGAGCCUCUUAAUUCAAUCAUUGCGUACAAUGAAGAAGGGGGUAACAAGGAUUGUGAGGCAUCAGCCAUUUUGAGUGGUGUUGGAAACAUGGCUGACACUGCAGGCAAUAACCAGGAGGAAAUUGAUGCUGCAUUCCAUAGAUCCAGUACAAAAAUGUAUCCGGCACCAGCUGUAGUGCUCAAUAAAGCAAGAGUAGGCCGCUCCAAUAGCAUGAUGGUCCAUUCAGCAAAGAACCACACUGGAAACAGAGCUGGAGCAGGGGCGUUUGAUCGAGCAAACAGACGACGACAUUCUAGUUACAUGGAGAGAAGACAAAACAACAUUGAUCGUGCUAACUCCUUGAGGCAUUCUGCAACUUUGGGACAUCGUCGCACUUUGGCAUCUGGUAACCAUUCGAUGCUUAGAAAACAUUCAAGGACUCUGGAGACAACUUUAUUACAGAGAAUCAGAGUCCAGUUGAAUGAGCUGGAAAUAUACAAACCUCAAGUGUUUGCAGAAGAAGGGGGCUCUUCUCAAGCGUCUUCACUGGAAAACAUUAGUAUCACAGGCAGUAGCAUUCACCUUUCAAGUCUGCAGAGUUUUGGGUCAAAGUUCAACAUUCUGCAAAACAUCUGUGAAGACCAUAUGAUGAACCAACCCACCACCGAGAUUACAACAUAAGCAGUGCUUGCAAUAACAAUACAACAUGGGCAUCUUGUGCUCUGUGAGGUAUAAAAAAAAACAACAGUGCCAUAAUAGUUGUGGUGAUUUAACAUUGGAAUUGGCAGAUCAAGUAUGAAUAAACAGCUAUCGUUCACUGCUUGUUUUAAGAAGAUAAAGUACAUUUUCAUUUGCAUCCUCAUAUUGGGAAUUAAAUGUGUGAGCACUACACUCCUGAAGGACACUCCAUGAAUUGUUUUAUAGUUUUUUUUAUAUAUUUACAAAUUAUGCUCUACAGAGAGAUGGUCCCAGUGAAAAGCUGUCUCAUUUCCAGGCUAUCCCUUUCGUGAGGCCAGAAUAAUGGCAUACAGUUUGCAGCAAAGUAACCUACUGUAUCUUCCAUGUAUACAUUUUGCAAGUUGUGGUUGAUUUAUUUUAGACUUGCAGUAAUUCUGUAGCCCUUUAGGAGUUGCGAGAUCCACAGUGGACUAAGGUCUGGGAAGGCAUUCAGCAACAGAUUCCCAUCAUUAAAAUAUAAAAGGGACGUACCGUGAUAUGAAGUAUAUUAUUCUACUCAAACAAUAGUAUUGAAAUUGUUUGGCGCUAAAUGCAGUUAAAAUAGUUUUGGAAUCUUAUGAACUUUGAGGAAAUAAAUAGUGCAGUGGAAAUAGCUCAAAUAGUCAGUGGUAUCUAUAAUUGUGGACAAAUGUAAUACUGUACCUAGCAUCUUCUGAAAUGUAAAUAGUGUUUAAUAUGGUGGAUGGGGUUUAAUAGUGGUUUAAACUGUGAUGCCUACAGAAAAAGUAUUAAUAAGGGAGUGUAGUCAGGAUUGGUUCUGUAAAUAUUGUUUCACUCUAGGAGAUUUUCUGAUGAGGGUUGAUCUGUUCACAUAGAAUAAAAAAUGCUUUCCCGCCAUUGACAAAAGGUUAAUGCUUGAAAGUCUUGAUUCAUUCUCAGUUAAUAAUUAAAUAUUAAAGUAGUUUAGCACUGGAAGCAUGGGCCUGAUUCAGUGGUGCAUGCAGUUGCAUUUGGACACAGCAGAUAGCGAAAAUAUGGUAAUGAAGCUGCCACCAUGAUUUGUACAGAAACGCCUACUGAUGUCAUCUCUGAUCUGCUGCUUGCAUAUAAAGACGCGCCAUAAGAGAAUGUCCAUCGCAAGUGAGCCUUAGGAGCCUUUACAGCUGUAUCCAAAGACACAGUCUCAGACUCAUACACAUCCCUAAAAUGGUCGUGACCCGUGGCGGCUGAGCCCCUGGAUUAUACAGUGCAGGGCGGAACCACUAAACACACAUUCUGAUGUAUGUAAUAUAUGUUCUGGCUGGUACCCUUGGGGAUCGGCAGCACUGUGAGCAUUACAGGCAGCGUUCAGCACCUGGAAGGCAUCACACUUUUUCUAAGCCCGCCCGCAGACUCAUGUGACAUAUAUUACAGUCAUCAGAAAAUGUAUGUUUAUAUGUGUAAAUCGGUUCCCCCUGCAUGAUAUGGUCGGUGUAAAAUGCCGCUGGUUGUGACAGACCUGCAUUUGACUAGACGACACCCCCAUUAUCUCCCACAAAUGCUCAAAACCUUUAAUUAACUUUGUAAAUAAAUCCUCUUUGCCUCCUGUCAUUUCUAAUCGAUUGCUACGAGGUGCGCAGUUCAAAAAACAUUGCUCAAUUCUGCAAAGAUCGGCUUUGUAUCUGCAUUUGAAUCAAGCCCCAUGUUAUCAAAAUGACUAAUAGGUUAGAUAUCAGUCAUCUCAAAAAGUAGUUUUAUGAUAUUUUGUCAAAAUGUCAUCAAUGCUGUGUUGUUAAAAUGUCCUUAAAGUAAAAAGUCAUUCCGAAAGGUCAUUUUUUAUAUAAAGUCAUCUUUGAGGUAAAAUAUUUAAAACGUUUUGUUAAGGCAGAAAUAGCUUGUAUCAAAUCAGUUUACUUCAAUUCAAUUUUUUGUUAUAAAGUUCUAAGACAAUUCAGAAAAUAUUAUUCUACUGUUUUUGAAAAACAUUUUUAAGGACAAUUUAACUCUAGUUUUGCUAAUUGCCUCCCCAUCUCCCUUAUACUGUACAGACUAUGGACAUCACCGAACCUAUACUCAGUAAUAACAACAGCAACAUUUAGAUGGAAUAAGAAGGUAUAAUACUUGAUGAAAUAAAAUGUUUACAGAUUUGGCUACGA